GCUCCCCCACCCCCGCCGCGGCCCCCUCUCCCGCUGCCGCCGCUGGGGCUGGCGGCGGAGCCCGGCUGCGGCCCCGGGGCGCCGCCUUCUCUCGCCCGGGGACGCGCGGCCGAGGCGGUCCCGAGCUGCGCAGAGGCCGCGGCCUAGGGCAGUCGGCGCGGCGCCCCGCGGGGGUGCGGGAGGGCGCGGGAUGCGCAGCGGCGGCGCCGGGGCCUGUGCCCGCCGCCACUGAGGCCCGAGGCCGCCGCGGAUGCGGCCCCGGCGGCGCCUCGGCCAGGCCCGCCCCGACCUGCGCCCGGAACCGCCGCCGAGCCCCGCGUAGCCCCGGCUCCGGCCCUCGGCUGCCCGGUGCCGGACCCUCGCGUAGCCCCGGCCCCCUCUCCUCCCUGCGGUGAAAGAGGAGGCAUGUCCGCUGCCGCCUCCGCUGAAAUGAUUGAAACCCCCCCGGUCCUCAACUUCGAAGAAAUCGACUACAAAGAGAUCGAGGUGGAAGAGGUUGUUGGAAGAGGAGCCUUUGGUGUAGUCUGCAAGGCAAAAUGGAGAGCUAAAGAUGUAGCCAUUAAACAGAUAGAAAGUGAAUCUGAAAGAAAAGCCUUCAUUGUAGAGCUUCGACAACUGUCACGGGUAAACCAUCCCAAUAUUGUCAAGUUAUAUGGAGCCUGCCUAAACCCAGUGUGUCUUGUUAUGGAGUAUGCUGAAGGAGGUUCUCUAUACAAUGUGCUGCAUGGUGCUGAACCUCUGCCUCAUUAUACUGCCGCACAUGCCAUGAGUUGGUGUUUACAAUGUUCCCAAGGAGUGGCAUAUCUCCACAGUAUGAAGCCAAAGGCUCUAAUUCACCGAGACCUGAAACCACCAAAUUUGCUCUUGGUAGCUGGGGGGACUGUUCUAAAAAUCUGUGACUUUGGUACAGCCUGUGAUAUUCAAACACACAUGACCAACAACAAAGGAAGUGCUGCUUGGAUGGCACCUGAAGUUUUUGAAGGUAGCAAUUACAGUGAAAAAUGUGACGUUUUCAGCUGGGGUAUUAUUCUCUGGGAGGUAAUCACCCGUAGGAAACCUUUUGAUGAGAUUGGUGGUCCAGCUUUCCGGAUAAUGUGGGCAGUUCACAAUGGUACUCGGCCACCACUGAUCAAAAAUUUACCUAAACCAAUUGAGAGUUUGAUGACCCGUUGUUGGUCCAAGGAUCCCUCACAACGGCCGUCCAUGGAGGAAAUUGUUAAAAUAAUGACACACUUGAUGCGGUACUUUCCAGGAGCUGAUGAACCUCUGCAAUAUCCUUGCCAGUAUUCAGAUGAAGGCCAAAGCAACUCUGCCACUAGCACAGGUUCAUUCAUGGACAUCACUUCUACGAACACAAGUAACAAGAGCGAUGCUAACAUGGAGCCAAGUGACUUCCAAGGAGCUUCUACCAAUGACACUAUUAAACGUUUAGAAUCAAAAUUGGCACAGCAAAUCAAAAAUACAGCCAAGCAGCCGGGUGACCCUGGCCGUUUGAGUUUGCCCCCAUCCCGUGGGAGCAGCGUUGAGAGCUUGUCAGAUGUUCGCGCACGACCACCGUCCGCCCUUGUUUCCGGAGAAGCCAAAAGGAUGAGUGCUGACAUGUCUGAAAUAGAAGCAAGAAUUGCUUCCAUCACAGCCUAUUCCAAGCCUAAACGAGGCCAUCGUAAAACUGCUUCAUUUGGCAACAUUCUGGAUGUCCCUGAGAUCAUCAUACCAGCAGGAAACGGACAGCAGAGGCGCAGAUCCAUUCAAGAUCUUAGUGUUGCUGGAACAGAGUCCAGUCAGGAGAGUAGAAACAGCAGUAGAUCAUCUAGUCCUAGUGUGAGAAUGAUCACUACCUCGGGACCAACCUCUGAAAAGCCAACGCGUAAUCCAUGGACACCAGAUGAUGCAGAGACCAAUGGGUCAGAUAACUCCAUCCCAAUGGCAUAUCUCACAUUAGAUCAUCAGUUACAGCCUCUAGCACCAUGCCCAAACUCCAAAGAAUCUAUGGCUGUGUUUGAACAGCACUGCAAAAUGGCACAAGAAUAUAUGAAAGUUCAGACAGAAAUCGCAUUGCUCUUGCAGAGGAAACAAGAACUAAUAGCAGAACUGGACCAGGAUGAAAAAGACCAGCAAAAUACAUCUCGUCUGGUACAAGAACAUAAAAAGCUGUUAGAUGAAAACAAAAGUCUCUCAACAUACUAUCAGCAAUGCAAAAAACAAUUAGAGGUCAUCAGAAAUCAGCAACAGAAGCGGCCAGGCACAUCAUGAUUUCCUGGGACCUUUCAAAUGAAAAAUAUGCACAGAAAAGACUGAUUUUUUUUUUAUUGAUAUUAUUAUCCCUUAUUAUGACAACUCAUGAGUGUUAGCUUCUUGGUGUGAUCUGUAUGUGUCUGCUACACUUAACAUCAUUUAAUUUUCUUUUUCCUAGGUGAAAUCCAGUUCAACAGGUUAAUUGAAUAGAGUGAAAAAACAGUGACUUGAAUUAACCAAUAGCCCUCAAUUUAAAGCAAGAAGAGUGGCUGUUUGCAUGCUCCUUGUGUGAAGGCUAGCCUAACAAGUGUUGAGGAGGCUGCUAAAUUGUGAGAACUUAUUUUUAGUUUUUGGUGUUGCCUCAGUAAGAGCAAAAAAGAAAAGACUUUCCUGUUUAAGAAUGGUUUUGUUCCAGUGUCUCAUCUCAAACUAUUAUUAUGAUGAUUAUUUUCAUAAUAAACUGAAACAUGCAGCAAGCUGCAGAGGUGAUGUUGGCUGAUCAGAGUAAUUCAUGAUGCAUUAGUGGUGCCUUUUACCUGUAGACAGUGUAUUUUUCCACAUGCAAAAUGGUAGGCAAGCUGAUGCCAGCAUUCUCAGUUCAGUGCUUGAUAGCCCUGCAUUUUGACUAAUAUAUUUCUUGUAAUCUUGCAUUCAUAAAAUAUUUGAAGUAAAAGGCUGUAUUUUGUUUACUUUCUUGGGGCGAAUGGCAUGCAGUUUUAUUUAAAUACGGGCCAGAAGUUAGGAAGGUGAUCACUUUACACAAUACACACUUUACACUUUAUACAUGGGACAGAAUUGAUCCCUUGUGUAAAAGAGAUAUCAUCAAAAUAUGUAAAAGUGUGUUUCAAACUUUUAAAACUUUUGUCCCUGUAGAAUCUUUGAAAGAAAAUUCAGAAAGAAGAUUAAUACACUACUUGAAAUACUUGCUCCCUCUAUGUUUUUGCUCCGUUAUUGAUUUUGUUUCAGGAGGUUUUUUUUCUUAAAGUUAUUUGAUGAAAAGCAUUUACCAUAAAUGUAAAUAAGUUUGUUUUAGAUAGAGUGGGGAAAGAGUGUGGGGAAAUUACUUUAUUUUAAAUAGCAAAUUAUAAAAUGGAGUUGAGUAUUCGAAUAGUGGAAACUAUUAAGAAAAUGAGGGAAAUAGCUUAGAUCUCCAUCAGGAAUCUCAGUUAUUCCACUCAUUUGAACAUAGCUCAGAGGAAGCUCAUUUACAGAAUGCCUGCUGCCUUUGUGACUGAAGAAUUGCAUUUAAUGAGGUGGAGUGGAAUAUGUAAUGCUCAGUGUUGAUAUUUACCAUUAUUACAUAGGAGAAGAUAAUUACUUGUUUACAUAGAAGAUUGAUUAUUUGGAUUAUGUAUUAACUUUUAACUGGUACAAAAAUGAGACACUUCUAUAUACAAUGGUAAAUUACUCCUUAUAUAAAUACAUAAGUUCUUGAUGUUCUCAGUUACAGGCAGGGUUUUAAUAACACUUGUUUGCAAAAUUAAAAUAGGAAAUUGAAGUUUAGCUGCUGAGCCCUAUAAAUAAAAGAUAACUAAUCUGAAAUUUGAAGUACACUUAUUUCAAAUGAAUAGUUACUCAUACCCAUGAGCAGAACUUGGAAAAACCUUAAGGGGAAAAACCUCAUACUAUUUUCUCUUUCUCGUCCUGCCUACUUGAUAAAAACUAUUACUACAGUUGUGCUGAUCUGUGAACAGCAAAGAGGACGAACAACUUACUGAACAUCCUGUCUUGAAAAUAAAUCUAUUGUUGGCAAAGCUUUGGGAGUUAGAAACCUUUCCCUCGAUUUAUUUAAAUAAAGGAAGGGUUCUCAUUCCCAAAACCUUAACAGAUAAUUUGAUUAGUUAGCUGAAACUGAUAUUGGGAUCAACUUAAGGGCACACAUAUUUAUAGCAAAAUGUAAUUGAGGGAGAAAAUAACUCUAGUAUUAGGAAUAGCACAAGUUAUCCAAAGCAUUGCUGUUCACAUACAUCUGUCUAUCUACCAAAAUGGAGACACUCAGUGAUCAGCAGCUUACUUAACAUAUGCUGAAGCAUUAAGUAGAGCAGCAUAAAUACUGAUGCUCAACUUCAGAGGCAUUGAUAGUUACAUACACAAAAUCAUUUCUCAGGACAGUUUUUACAUUUUUGCUGUGUAGUAAAAGAGAUAUGCUUAAGGUCAAUCUGUUGUAUGUGAAAAGUCACUUUAUGGCAAGGUUUGAAUAAUCGAAGUGAAUGCAGUGAAAAAUUAAUGGUACAUAAUACAAAAGUAAUUUCUACAAAUUGUUAAUGAUUUUCCAGGGUUUACAUCAAAAAGGGUCUCAGAUUAUAAAAUAAGUGCUGUCCUACCAUGCAUUGUUGGCUUCAAUCAAUAGUUUGGUUUUAUCACCUAAUUUUCAAAAGAAAUUUGGAGUUUGACUUUUUGCCUUCAAAUUGUCCUUUUCUUAAUUUUACUAAAAAUUUCAAAAAUACUUGCCCAGAUUUCUCACUGAGGUUUUCCAUAUGAAAAAAAUUAUCAUAAAAAAAACCUCUAAGGGUAAAACACGACAGCUUGGGCUAAGAAGAGUUUUAACAGCUUAACUUUCAGUGACCUUUAUUGUUUUCAUAAGGCUCUUGUUUUAAAGUUGUUUACAAAUGUGCUUUUAUUCUUCUGUUAAACUAUUUGGACUGUUCAGGAACUUUUCUCAUGUACUCUUCUGUUCAGUUAAAGCUGUUCCUCUAAUAAUGGAGGUGAAACAUCUAGUUUGGUUGGGCACUGCCUUCUCAGAAAAGGUAACAGGCUCUGCUUUUUGUUAGUCUGUGUUCUGUAAGAUAUUUUGUAAUUGAAGUAUGCUUCUGUAUACUAUGCAGUUCUUCCAAAAAUGCUUUUUUAGGCUUUUUGGUUUGUUAUUUUUUCUGAUGAGGAGUUGAAGAUUGUAAUUCAAAACUUGUACAUAAAAUGGUGAAUGGUUUCAUAUGA